GUGUGCGCUCUGCCCUGCUCGAAGAUGGCAGCCAUAUUGGGCGCAUACUCGCGGUUUUUAACAAAUUGGCGCUAUACUUCGCAAUCUCUCACUGCUGGGACUCUUUGGUUUGCGGGUGAUCUGAUCAGUCAGAAGCUUGUGGAGGGAGACCAAAAGGAACACCUGCGCAGGGAAGCUGACCGCGAAAAAGGGUCACUUGAACACACUGAGAGACCGGGACGAUGGGAAGCAUGGGGGGUUGAUUGGAGAAGAGUGUUAACAAUGACAUCUUUCGGAGUAUGUUUCGCUGGUCCUCUAUAUACUUUUUGGUAUAGAUUGUUAGACGACAAAAUUGUCGGGUACUUUGAGAGAAUGGUGAAACGAAAGAUCCAAUCAACCACAACUUUAAACGUACCGAAAAGUAACCUCAAAUGGAAGAUCGCAUUGACAAAAGUGGUUGCCGAUAUGGUCAUUUUUGACCCGCCAUUUCUCGGAUUCUUCUUCAUCAGCACACACCUUUUGUCUGGGUACUCAUUCCAAUCGGGUGUAGAACAGAUGAAGCGGGACGUGCUUCCCACUUAUGCUGUGGACGUUGCCGUAUGGACGCCAAUCCAACUGGUCAAUUUCAGAUGGAUUCCAGUUUUAUACCAACCAGUGGUCGUGAAUUCUGUCAACGUGGGAUGGAAUGCGUAUCUAAGUUAUGUUAAGCAUCGUGACGAGAAGCUGCCGUGAGAUGUUCUUGCCGCCCUCGUCAACUAGCGUCCCCCAGGGGAAUUGUACAGCAUUAUUUAUUUUUUAUUUGUCGGGGUUACGUACGGAAUGCGGGUUGGAGAUUAAUAGAUCCCUUAGAGAUUCAUUCCCAUUGAUAUUGUAUUUGUUACGCACUUCUCGGUCACUGUUCUCUUACCUUACUACAUCGCACGCUCCUUCUUUU